GACGUCCACGUACGGCUCAGCUCUCGAUGCGACGUUUACGUGUAUACGUCUAUGGCCGAACCACUGAAGGUUUUCUCUGUACUCUGUACUUACUUUCAUAAAGUACAUACAUUUCGUAAAAAAAUGAGUGACCUGGAGAGUAUCAGCCAGCACAUUUAUGACAGGGUUUCAUCCAUCCAGUGCUUGUUGGAUUUGUCAGAUGUGCCUCAAAAUAAAAUGAGAUCACUUGGACAAGAAAUUCUUUCUCUAGAGAGUCUUCUGGAAGAGUUUGAAAAAAGCGUUGGCCGUCAGAAAGAUCAAUUUCAUCAUUUGAAGGAACUGGAAGAGUUAUUCCAAAAGCAUGUUGAGAGUCUCCAGCACCUUAAGGACAAUGUACCUGCUCAUAUGCCCAAGGAAAACGGUCCUGAAAUAGAAAAAGAGCCUUCUACCAACCACGGUCAGGCAACAAAUGUGGAACCCAUCCAGCACGAAGUUGCCAAAUACAUCAAGUGUUACGUCAGAGAGAUGGAGUUCAUCACUAUGGCUGAGUUUGAAUGCAUCCCCCAGUACAUGAAAGGACGAGUGUCAUACAGUCAAAUCAAUGCAGCAGUGCAGAGCAUUAAUACAGCCGUUGCAGCCAAGUAUAAAAUCAUCCGCCAACCUGUGAAAACUCUGAAAAACCAUGCACGCAAGCUGCUCCAGCGCUUCAAGGAUCAGGAAACCAAGGACACCAAAGGUCAGUACUUUGUGGUGGAAGAGGAUUUACGUGAAUUCACCCAGAUGAAGAUGGACAAGCGACUUCAGGGAAUAUUUAACAUGUUGCGACACUGCCAGCGCUUACGGGAGCUGCGAGGAGGAGGUGUCACCCGUUACGUGCUGUUAUAAAUA